AUGGUCGAUCUCAAAUCCAAGCUACGAGCCAGGCUCUCCAGGAGGAAUUCCGGCAUAUCCUUGCUCACGUCCAGCAAGAGCUACAGCGGCACCGGCAACCAUGGCAGCAUCCACAGCCCCAACGACGACGCCAGGAGCGACAAAAACCUUGACUUGGAGAGCGUGCGACCAACAUCGUCAGUAUCCGCUGAUGCCAUCACCGACGCAGGCGGAAGAGGAGGCCGGGAGCAAAAGCGGGUAGGAGGCGGAGAAGAAGCAGCUGGCGGUGCGGGAACGGGAGCGGGAGCUGGAGCCGCAAACGUUGCCUCCGGAGAACACAAGGAAAAGGCAUCAGGGUUCCUUGCUCUCUUGAUCGGGGCGAGCCACAGCGCAAGGACAGGAUCGCGACAAGCCACCUCUCCGAAACAAGCUGCGCAAAGCAUUCGGAGCGUUGACGACGCCCAGCACACAAGCGAGACCCCAGGUGCUAUAACCGGCCAGCCGGGAGAGGACGGCAGACUGAAACAGUACGGGUCGAACACCGACGACACUAAUGGUGACUGUCUUAGCAGAGGCGGCAGCGGCGACAAAGACGAAAAUGCGGAUCUCCAACUCGUUCCCCCUGCGGUUGCGGAUCCUGCCGGUGCUGGUGCUGGGUCUGGGCACGUUGCCAGCAGCAGCAGCGCUCGUGCUGGCACUGACAAUUACAGCAAGUGCGACACGGGAAGCCCCAAUUCGAAAAGUGCCCAGCAGCAUGGCGUCAAUGCUGCGCCUGCCGCGGCAGGAGGUGCUGCAACCAAUGCAACCAGCGCUAGAUCUGCCAGCAGCCAGCCACCUGCAAGCUCCGUAACGAAUCGCGCUGCCCCUGGUGCUGGCUCCGACUGGACACCCGCUAGCGAUCUGCGGCGGGUCUCAAUCAGCAGCGCAAGAGUUUCCAGCCUUGCCAGCAUCCACGAGGAUGAUGACCUUGCGCAUACCGCUGCCGGUGACGAACCUCUACCGCCUCCAACAACAUCCACACUUGCCACAACAAUUGAUGCUGCCACCCUUGAUGCCACCACCCCAACCAACCCCAAUCCAAAUCCCUUUGAAAAUUCCCAUCAUCGACAGCUCGCUGACGCCGCUGCUCAAUCUGCCACCCCUACCACCGCCGCUCCCGAUAUCGUGCGCAGGGUUCGUCUGAUUGAUUCGGCUGUAAAUUUGUCGUCCUCCCAGCCUCCGACGCCUGCACCACUCGCUACAUCUGCCGCUGCGUCGCCGUCCAUUGUCUCGUUCAAUUCCGUCGCGCCUCUUUCGCCGACUGGUACCGUACCCCUUAGCCCAAGUGCAGAAACUCCUUCAAUCGCGCCCUUGCCCUUUUCGACCUCGACUCCUGCCAAUCUUAAUCUCAAUCCGCCGUCUACAGAUCCCACAGCCACCCCGGGUAGUCCUACCACCACCGCGCUCUCCACGUCGACCGCUCUCACGCGGCCCUCGGUUCCACCGAGACGUCAGAGUCUUUUGCCCAGUCGCCAGACGACUCUCAUUCGAACGCUCCUCGACGCGAACCAGACCGAUGAACUCGACACCGGCGCUAACACCAACGACCACCUCCUUCCUAUAAGCGCCACCAUGGUGACGCGCAAGAUCUGGGUCAAGCGGCCGGGUGGCUCCGCGACCCUGGUCACGAUCAAUGAAGAGGACUUGGUCGAUGACGUGCGGGAUAUGAUCCUCAGAAAAUACGCCAACUCCCUAGGUCGCCAAUUCGACUCCCCCGAUUUGAUCCUGCGGAUAGCCCCCAGGGAGUCGCAAAGACAGGAGCGGGUCUUGGGCCCAGAGGAGCCAAUGGCCCGGACCUUGGAUGCAUAUUUCCCCGGAGGCCAGACAGUGGACGAAGCCCUUGUCAUCGACAUCCCGCCCCGUCGCACACCAAAGGAAUCACCCAGGACCGGCCCCCCGCAUGUUCCUCACGGCUUGCCGACGUAUUACGAAGAGACACAUAGACCGUCGGAAGGAGGUACCGAUUAUUUUGGCCCUGGCGCUCUCGCCCAUCUAGCCCCCGGCAUCGGUGGUGGCCCUGUCAUGACUGCCCCUGUUAAUGGCCCGCCGCAGUCACAUCCUCAUACCAUAUCCGGUUUGGGACCAGGACACAUCCCCCAGCUACCCUCCCCGGGAGGAACACGGCCCCGUCAGUACCGCGAACGGCCAGAUCGUCCUCGCCUGGGUAGGCAACAUACAUCAUCGCCCACGAUUCUCAACGUAGUUGGAGCCGGAGGUCACGCCGCUACGAUCGCAGUGUCUUCGGCAAAUCAUGGUAUGCAGCAAUCCUCCGUUUCCAAGGUUCAACGAUCAAGGACUCAUUCCAUUGCCUCGUCAGAACAAUCCACGACCGGUGCCGUUCCCGGUCCCCCGGCGUCAGCUCCGCAUGCCCCUCAUGUCCCUUCGGCACCGCCCUUGCCUACUCCGCCACCUGCUGCGCAAGAGCCUGUCCCGGCUAUCCCAACACAGCAUCCGGUCACUACUCCCCCAGCAAGAGUGGCCUCCCCUCGGCCUCCGACAGCAAUGGCAACAAGAACCAAGAAAAAGAAAGCCACGCCAGACCACACACCUCUGCCAGCGGUAAUGCUCAAUAGUGCCGUUCCACCAAUUAAUGUCUUGAUUGUGGAAGACAAUAUCAUCAAUCUCAAACUCCUUGAGGCUUUCGUCAAGCGACUAAAGGUCCGGUGGCAGACCGCUAUGAACGGCCGAGAAGCUGUCAACAAGUGGCGCAAGGGAGGCUUUCACUUGGUGUUGAUGGAUAUUCAGCUGCCCAUCAUGAGUGGCCUGGAAGCGACUAGGGAGAUUCGAAGGCUCGAACGCAUGAACUCGAUUGGUGUGUUUUCCAACAGCAACAGCAAUGGAGGAACCAAUGGCGGCGAAUCUGGCGGCGAUCCUGACGUGAUGCCCGAGGAAGACAAACUUGAAAAUAUUGAGCUGUUCAAGAGUCCCGUCAUCAUCGUAGCUCUCACGGCCAGCUCGCUGCAGAGUGACAGGCACGAGGCCCUGGCAGCGGGUUGCAAUGAUUUCUUGACCAAGCCCAUUACCUACAUUUGGCUGGAACGCAAAGUCAUGGAAUGGGGCUGCAUGCAAGCCCUUAUCGACUUUGACGGUUGGCGGAAAUGGAAAGAUUUUGGGUCGAGCAAUGGCGAGGACAAGAAGGACAAUGCGUCUGCGGUCAAGGACAGCAGCGGGAUGGCCUCCAAGAAAGCCGUCACCAGACCCAAGAGGAAACCGACUAUGCAAAAGGAGGUCACAAGCCCACAUCACCCAGCACAAGCGGCGCCGCCUUCAGAGGUGUCACAUACCACCCAGACGAGUCAGACUUCGAGCGACGAUAAGUGA